AAAGCACAGAUCACCACCAUGUCUAGUGAAUUAAAAAUUGAUGACCCAUUAACGUCAAAUGUGCGGCCAGCAACCGAUUCAUUAAUCACAAUUCGUAUCAUCAAAUCAUUCCCAUAUAGAAAUGUCAAGAACUAUAUUAUUAAAGACAUUGAUUUGAAAUCAACUACCCCCAAGCAAUUAUUGGAAAAUAUCAAGAACGUGAUAAAUACCACUGGAGCAUUAAGACCAUACAGGAAUAUCGAAUAUGAUUCUCUCAAAAUUUAUACCAAAGCCCACGGCACUAAAUCUAUGCAUUUGGUUAUCAAUUUUGAAAAUGAUGAGGAAUGGGUGUUGGUGAAUAACGAAGUUAAGGGUGAUUCUACAUCUUUAUGGGAUUUAGGAAUUCAAAAUGAAACUGAGGUUAGCUUGUUCAAUUGGAAUGACUAUGUUGCUUACAAAGCUAACCCUGAAGAAAAGUGGUAAGAUGUGAAGUACAAAACAUUUAGUGUAAAUAUUAAAUCUAUAGUAAUAUUUAUAAAGCUACAAAAAAGUGAAAAAUCACAGUUGAAUGGUUUCUUCAAAGUAGAAUUUAUGUUGUUAAAGAUAUCUACCAACUAGCAAAUACAAAUUACUCCUUG